AUGUCCGCAGUCGACGAUGGCUCAGUCCAUUGGUCUCAAGCGACCAGCAAGAAAGGGGUGACAUUCGAGAUUGGUCGUGCUAUCAAUGCCGCGGGCCCUGGUACUAUCAACGCGAAGACUGAUGGCGAGGGCGACAAACCUCCUUUCGGUGUCUCGGUCGACUGGACUCUCGGAAGCUCUGCCUGGAAGCCUACUGAUGCAAGUGUAAAGACCACUGCUUACAUCUCCCAGUACGCCUUGUACUCCUACACCGGCAUCCUCCCAUACGACUACAUCUUGUACUUCACUAAUAUCGGCGACAAAAAUUACGACUACCACUUCCACGAUGCGACUGGAGAUGCGUACGAAGUGAAAUGCUUUGGGGAUGGAGACCAUUAUGUGAGGUACAAGUCUCAGAAGCCUGAGAUCCUGUUCAUUACUGGGAUUUGA